UUCUGCCGGACACUCUCUCUCUCUCUCUCUCUCUAAAAUCUAUCCUCUUUUCCCAAUCUCGAACCCGCAGUCACCGAGCCAACACACGAAACGGCAUCCUCAGUCAAAUCCUCGCCUAGUUCAAUCCAAGUUCUCUGCAAAUGGAGCAGGGCAAAGCGGGGAUAAUGGUGUCCAAGCUCGCGCCUCAGCAGAACCCAAUCGAGCAAUUGCAAGCUCGCUUCAAGGAGCUCGAGACCGGGUUCAAGACGUGGCUGUCGAAGCAGUCCCUGCCCGUCGAAGCCGCCGUCGUCACCGCCACCAGCGGCCUCCAGGGCGCCGCCAUCGGCGCCUUCAUGGGGACUCUCACCAACGACGUCUCCUCGUCUUUCGCUCCUCCUCCCCAGGCCAAUCUCAACCCUGAGGCCAUGGCCUCGCUCAAGCAAGCUCAGGCUUUAUCAGGAGGUCCCUUGGUACAAGCUCGCAACUUCGCUGUCAUGACUGGUGUAAAUGCAGGCUUAUCUUGUGUCAUGAAGAGGCUGAGAGGGAAGGAGGAUGUUCAGUCCAGUAUGGUGGCAGCUUUUGGUUCUGGUGCCAUGUUUUCAUUGGUGAGUGGGAUGGGUGGCCCAAACCAGGCAGCAAAUGCUGUUACUUCAGGACUCUUUUUUGCUCUCGUCCAGGGUGGACUAUUCAAGUUAGGGCAAAAGUUCUCGCAACCACCCGAGGAAGAUGUGCACUAUGUUAGAACGAGAAAUAUGUUGACAAGGCUGGGUCUUCAGACUUACGAGAAGAAUUUCAAGAAAGGCCUUUUGACAGACAACACUUUGCCUCUACUUACCGAUAGUGCUCUUAGAGAUGUGAAAAUUCCUCCUGGACCAAGGCUACUCAUUCUCGACCACGUUCAGAGAGAUCCAGAGCUGAAAGGAACGAGGAAGCGAUAGAUGCAGUUGGUUAGCGACGUCAAGAAAAUAUUUGCCGGUUGAGAAACACCUGUACGAGCGUAAAAUUUCCCCCCAUCUUUGCUCUAGUCUCUAUCACAUGGGUUAAAUCACAUUGCUGAUCAUCUUGAGAUGCAAAUGCCGAAUGCAACUGAUUUCUGAUGCGCGUGGUGUUUUUGCU